UUCGGUACUGUGCAGCCCCUCUCCCCUUUUAUGGUGUCACUUCUUUAUUGAAACAGAAAACCAGAGUUCUAAAAUACACUCUUUUCGAGACUUUUAUGGCAGCGUAAGGCAUGAUACACAUGUCAUACAUUCAUACAUACCUGUGGAUGAAUGGCUUAGCAUGAUGUCUGUGAGCCCAUCACUGGCACCCCUAGACCGGAAGUUGUUUGGAAUUCAGAAGUUUUUAAAUUUCUGAAAGAUAAUACAGUGCACAUAGUAUAUCAAGUAACCCCUGGCAGCAGAAUCUAGGGCAACACUCAAUCAAACCUGUUAAAUUUUUUUUUUAUUGAACCAUAGUACACAUACAGAAAUACACAUUGUAAGAACAGCUUGAUGGAGUUUUACAAACUCAAAUACGUGAAUAUUUCUGCUGUAAAAUAUAUGAACAUUUACAUUAAGUGGGAUAAAUGGAGAUUACAAGCAUGCUCACAUCAGUAGGCCAGCUGGUAUAACCCUGGGAGUUUGGGAUGUCAGAGCUGAGGAUAAGGGGCUGUGGACCUGCAUUGGUAGGGGGGAGAGUGUCGAAUGAGCAAGGCUUUACAGGAGAGCCUACAAAAGGCCUCAGGGCCAGGAGAGGAUGGGAGCUCAAGUCCCUGGAUGUCCCUCCAGACGGGUGUUUGCUCAUGUACCUUCUUCCUUCCUGCUAUUUUGCUCUUUCCCUAGGAGCUUGUGUCCAGAUGCUGGCCCAGUUGCCACAGGGAAUCCCUCUGGGAGACUGAAGGGCAGGCUCCUGGGUUGAGGCCCACCAACCCCGAGCCUUAGGCCAGGGGGAUGGCAGCCGCCCUGGAGCCCCGGGACCAGGCCCCUGGGGAGGGAGCAGGGCUUCUCAUCGUGAAGGUGGAAGAUUCCUCCUGGGACCAGGACUCUGCCCAGCAAGAGGACAGCAGGGACUCCGAGGCCUGCCGCCAGCGCUUUCGGCAGUUCUGCUACAGGGAUGCGGGCGGGCCCCAUGAGGCCUUCAGCCAGCUGUGGGAGCUCUGCUGCCGCUGGCUGCGACCUGAGCUGCGCACCAAGGAGCAAAUCUUGGAGCUGCUGGUGUUGGAGCAGUUCCUGAGUGUGCUGCCCGGGGGUGUCCAGGACUGGGUGCGAGAGCGGCGCCCCGAGAGUGGCGAGGAGGCUGUUGCCUUGGUGGAGGACCUGCAGAAGCAGCCAGUGAAAGUAUGGCCGCAGGACGUGCCCUCAGAGGAGGUGGAACCCCAGACUGCAGUCCAGGGAUCUCAGGCCAAGGGACCUCCCCCUAAGGCGGGAGCACAAAACCAGCCACCUGUGCCCCGGGAGCAGCACAGCCAUGGUGCCCAGCUUCCUGCUCUUCUUAAGGAGGGGAGUACCAAACAGAAAACGAAUGCCUGCUUUGCCUCUGAGAUCCAUGGACCUGUGACAUUUGGAGACAUUCCCUUCUAUUUCUCCCAGGAAGAAUGGGGGUCCCUGGACCCUGCUCAGCGGGACCUUUUCUGGGACAUAAAGCGGGAAAACUCCCGGAACGCUGCUGUGGGUUUGGGGCUCAAGAGCCAAAGGGGGCGAUCCCCGCUGGAGGAGGCAGUGAGGGUGCGCCCAGGCCAGGCGGGCAGCGAUGUGACUGUGGCCUGGAGCCCUGAGGAGGCCGAAUCCUGGGAGAGUGAGGCCCGGCCAGGGCCACACAGCUGCGGCCAGUGCGGCAAGCGCUUCCGCUGGGGCUCAGACCUGGCGCGCCACCAGCGCACGCACACAGGCGAGAAGCCCCACAAGUGCCAGGAGUGCGACAAGCGUUUCCGCAGCUCCUCGGACUUGGUGCGCCACCAGGGCGUGCACACGGGCCAGAAGCCCUUUUCCUGCUCUGAGUGUGGCAAGAGCUUCAGCCGCAGCGCCAACCUGGCGGACCACCAGCGCAUCCACACGGGUGAGAAGCCCUUCAGCUGCAGCGACUGCGGCAAGAGCUUCUCGCUGCGCUCCUACCUGCUGGACCACCGGCGCGUGCACACUGGCGAGCGGCCCUUCCGCUGCGGAGAGUGCGACAAGAGCUUCAAGCAGCGCGCCCACCUCAUCGCCCACCAGAGCCUGCAUGCCAAGAUGGCCCAGCCCGUGGGGUGAGGGCUGCAGGGAUAUUCCGGGAGACAGAGCAGCAGGAUGGCCACCUCUCUGCAGCCACCACCCCUACUGCCCUGCUCUUCUCUGCCCCAGGACCUGGUCAACACAACCAAGUAAUGGAAAUCCCCCAUGACCUCGCAGCCAUUCUGGGGGUUUCUCUUGCCCUCUGGCUUCCCGGAGCCCCAGCACAUUCCUGGCAGGUGGCCUUAGCAUGGGAGAAAGACUGAGGCAGCAGGGAAGUGUGAGGAUUUGGGCAGGACCCGGGGUCCCCCAUCCAAGAAACUGCCCUCAGCCUUGCUUGCCCUGUGGCUCUUUGUUCCCUGCCUUCUUGGCUGGGUCCAUGGCCAGGCCCUCUGCCCUGCCAACCUGUGCCUUCCUGUAGGAGUGGAGGACAGGCUUUGACCACUAGUCAGCCCACACUUGUGAAGAUCUGGCUCCUCGGUGAGGCCUAAAGGGCUUUCUGGCCCCCACCCCCUCCCACUUCUGCCCUGACCACUCUGCCCUGUCCUGCCAACACGCCACUGAUCUGUACCAACUUCCCCCUCGAGAGCCCACCAGAGCCUCAACUGAGGCUAGUGGUAGCUCCCGGGACUGGAGGUCUGUGCAGACCAAGAUCAGGGCCCGUGGAAGCCCACUGCCCCCACACUCCCCUCCAGAGACGUGGGGUUUUCAGUACUUAACACUAGCACUCUGUCAGCACUUUGUCACUGAGUCCUUAGGCACUGCAUUCCAUGUUGUCUGCAUCUUGGCAUUCACAGGGACACACCACAGGCUCUCCAAAGGAGCUCGGCCCAGCCUGCCUCCAAAGGGCAGCAAAAGGGUUUGAAUAAAUGUGGAAACUUCC